AUGCCUCGCAAGAAGGGUUCCGCAGCUCGUUCCAAGUCGCCAGCCAAGAGGCAACCUGUCAAGAAAUUCAGCAACCCUCAGCUCGCGUCGCAAGCAGCUGAGUCUGGGAACAGCAAGGUUAACGUUGUAGCAGAAGCUCCAGAGCUUGGGCCACCAAAGCCCUCAACCACCGACACCCAGACCCAUGAUGAGGUCCAGAGACCUGCCGCUGAGAGGCAGGAGUCCAAUCAUGAGUACAGCGCCACCGGCCUAGACGACUCUCCGAAAAGCCCAGGCAGAGGCCAUCGACGAUCCCCAUCUGCGGCCAGGAGCAACGGCAGCAAGACGGAGGAGAAUGACAGCAACGGCAAUGCGGUGGACCUAGAAAAGAGCUUUGGCAGCGAGGGCACUGCUGAUGAAACCCUCGUCGAUGGACUUGAAGUCGAAAGAUCCGAUUCAACAAGCGUCAAGGGAAUGAGCGACGAUAACUACCCGCGUCUUACUACAGCGGCACAUGGGCGAAGGAACAGCCAUCGCCUCGGAUUGAAGGCUGCAGGCAUUCGCUUCGCACCCCUCCAAGUUCCCUUCCAGCGCCGUCUUCAAACCGGAGCCGUUCUAUUUCACGGCCUGUCAAUCCUUACAUUCGUCUCGGUCUUCUUCUUCCUCGCGGCCAUCCCCUUUACCUGGCCUCUCCUGGUUCCUUAUCUCAUCCACCUUUCACUCUCUGGCGUUGCAUCCAAUGGCAACCUGAAGCUCCGCUCAGAGUGGUUGCGAUCGCUUCCCAUUUGGAAGUUCUUCGCGGCGUACUAUCCCGCCGAGCUUCACAAGACCCACGAUCUGCCCCCGACUAGGAAGUACAUUUUCGGUUACCAUCCUCACGGAAUUAUCUCACACGGCGCAUUCGCGGCGUUCGCGACUAAUGCUCUCGGAUUCGCUCAGAAGUUCCCUGGGAUCACUAACUCAUUGUUGACCCUCGACAACAACUUCCGAAUUCCCUUUUACCGCGACUACAUCCUGUUCAUGGGUGUUCGAUCUGUUUCUAAGGAGUCAAUCUGGAACACACUGAGCAAGGGUGGAGCGAAUGGCGAGGGGAUGGGACGGGCAGUCACAAUCGUUGUGGGUGGCGCUAGAGAGUCGCUUGAGGCUCAACCUGGAACUCUCAGGUUGAUUCUGAAGGGACGCAAGGGCUUCAUCAAAAUGGCCCUCCGGACUGGAGCUGAUCUCGUCCCUGUUUUGGGUUUUGGCGAGAACGACCUCUAUGAUCAACUCAGCCCGAAGACCCACCCCUGGGUGCACAACUUCCAAAUGUUUGUGCUCCGCGUCUUCAAGUUUACUCUGCCGGCUCUCCACGGCAGGGGGAUUCUCAACUAUGAUGUGGGCAUGAUGCCGUAUCGCAGACCGCUCAACAUUGUAGUGGGCAAGCCUAUCAAAGUUACCACAUCGCCUACGGCACAACCUACUCAGGAGGAUAUCGACCGGAUACACGAAUUGUACAUUGCUGAGCUUCAGAAAAUCUGGGACACAUACAAAGACCAGUUUGCGCCUGAGCGCAAGGCCGAGCUUCAAUUCAUUGCUUAA